AUGCCCUCAAUAUCCUCGCUGAUUGAAGUCUCUUGGGUGAAACACAAACAUGUUGAAUCAUCGUGCUUCCUGGGAAAAGGAAUUCUCUUUUCCGGACACAGCAACUCCAUCGUCUUCACCGACACAUCCACCGGAAAUGAGAAGACUUACCGAGCGGACUCCUUUGAGAGAGGUGACGGCAUAUCCUGCAUUGCAGGGCACAAAUCCCUGCAGAUCUUCGCUCUCGCUGAGCUUUCGCAAUCACCCUCAAUUCUCGUGCAAUCUUAUCCGUCUUUCGAGACAAUUUACCGGCUGCAGAGUUCUGGCGUGACCAACUACCUUUCCUUGGCAUUCUCUGAGACAGAAUAUCUAAUUGCUCUCACUGGAAUUCCGGACUUUGUUCUGGAGAUCUGGUGUUGGAGAUCUGGACAGCUUUUGGCCACCCGCAAGAGUGGAAUAUUUGCCAGCGAUCAGAUUAUCCUCUGUUCACCAUCUCAGCCUCUGAGUCUCUGCCAAUUGGCAACGAGAGUUGGAAAACUGACCAUUUGGGACAUUCACGUGUGCGUCGAUACGAUGAAAUUGAUCGAGAAGAAGAUCAAACUGAGCUUCGAUAGAGAAUCCAGUCCCUUCACAGCCACUUAUCUCUUCAGUGGUGCUCUUCUUGUGGCCACCAGGAAGGGGAGCGUUCAUCAGAUCUAUCCUGGAAGCAAUCAAUCGCUUUGCAUCGUUCAGGAGACCAAACAGGAAGUUUCUGCAGACUCCACGAGCCUGAUCGCUCCGCAUCAGGGUGGAUUUCUUCUCUCAGUGAAUCACACUAUUCGCCUCUUUCAGCAGAAUGGCACAGCGUUCACGGAAAUGUGUUCUGUGUCUCCGGAGAAUCUCCAUUUGCGUUUCUUGGGCACGCAUUCAAGUGAUUUAAUUGCUGGAGUGGAUGAAACAGGAUCUGUGUGGAAAAUCCUCCUCACCGAGGGCAAGAUUGACACCAAAGAGGUGAAGAAGCGCGAGAGAAUCUUCCACAUGAUGAGCUUGAUUAAUCCUGGUGGAACUUUCUUAGCCACAAUGGACAAAAGUCGAGGAGUUUCAAUUUUCGAAGUGAGUUCCGGCAAAUUGAUAUCGCAGUAUUUGAAAGUUGGAGUUUCUGCUCAUGAUUCUCAUCCACUCUUGCCAGUAAUUUGUCUGGGAUAUUCUUCAGGACAUGUAGAGUUGUUGUCUUUGUACACGGCGGAAAAUCCUCAACCUUUGGUUGGCUUUCACGUCUGUAAUUCCCCAAUAAGAAUGAUCAAGUUCUCCGCAAAUGCAUCACAAAUUGUUGUCUUUGAUGCUGAAAAGGAGAUGUUUGUGAUAACAGGACAAAUUGGUGGAAUUGUAGAGAUCAAGAGACACUUUUCCCUCCCAAAGGACCUUCUGGAUUUUGUCAUUGCGGAAAAUGGUGGGAAUUUCUGGAAGAUUUUCGCAUUACUCAAAGCUGAUGGCUCAAAAGUUGCCUCUGAUAAGACACUUUUGACCACAAUUACUGAAGAAGACAUAACAUUUCGUCCUGUUUCGCAUUGUGAUAAGAAAUUGACAGCAAUUACUGAAAUGCGAAAUGAACAGGACAUUUUCGUGGCAACUUUCUAUCUAGAUUCCAAUUUGAAGAUCCUCAAAUUGGCCGAAAAUGCUGAUCAAUUGGAAUUUGUGGUGCUGCAAGAUGUGAAAACCGAUCAUCUCUUGGAGUACGUGAGAGUGAAGACAUGUGGAGAUUUCAUCCUCUCAUGGGGACUCGAUGGCCAAGUGUGUCUCUUUGAUUCUCGCACAAUGACUUGCAUCACAAGCUUCAUUUCUCACCACCGCAGGACUCACGGUGUUCAGAGGGCUGUCGUGAGUCACUCUCUGGAGUAUGUUGUCUGCUUGGGAUUCACCGGGAAUCUCAUUUGCUUCCGGCCGAAUCUCAAAAUCAUGCCUCUGAGCCACGCAGGUGGGAAGUUCGAGCUGAGUCGCCUGGAGAUCCGCGAGAAGUGUCUCUGUCCGACAAUAGGACACACGCCAGCGGCCACAUUCGGCGACGCCUCGUGGCUGGAAGUGCAGCGAAUGGAGCAGAAGAGUCGUGAGAGGCAAAAGUAUCAGGAGAAGCGUGAUUCCAUUCUCAGGGAUUUGGACAAUCUCAGGCGAGAGAUUGGCAAACUGCUGGACAACAAUGAAGUGUGUCCUGACGAGGAGAAACUGCCCAUUCACGAGUUCAAUUUGGACUCAAAUCAUGUGGAGAAUAUGAUAAAGAGAGCCGAACGCGAUCGACAGGAGGAAAUUGGGAAGAUGCAGGAGUUCAUAGCGGCUCAGAAUGAGAUAACAGAAUGGAUCAGAAAGUCGUGCUGGGAUCAGAUGUCUGUGAAGAGCACAAAAGUGCGAGGGAUUUUCUCCAGUCUGUUCAUUGAAAACUAUCCAGUGCUGCAGAUUGAUGAGAUCUGGGAAAAGCGACUCAGUCAAAUAAUGAUGUGGAUUCGUCUGGAGAAUCUCACAAAUUCUGACAAAUUUCUCCCGUGGAAACCCAUUCCCACCAGUCAACUGGAGUAUGUUCUGGCCCAGGAGCCGAGAAUUUUGUCACUGGAGAAAGUCAAAGUGGACGAUGGCAAGGCAACAAGAACUCCAUUGGCUUCUGGAACGUCUGCACGUGAAUUUAUCACCUCUCAGUUGCCACGGUACAAUCAAUUGGAAGUUGUGACCUUUGAGCAGAUGCACGUGGAGAAGAUCUUUGGAUAUUUCGAUGCACUGGCGCUGAGAGAGUUCUUCAACGAGCAAUUUAACGAUUUGCAGGAGCGCAAGGAGCGAGAAAUGGAGAUUGUGAAGGAGAGAAACAAUCGUUUGCGAGACAUUCAGAGUGAAUUGAACAUUCUCUCUGAACUCCUUGAGACGAAUAUCGUGUAUGAGGAUGAAAUCAUCGAUCCUGAGUACACUCCAGAAGAGAAGCCGCACACAAUUGUCCAGGUGACCGAUGAGGAAGUGCCCGUUGAGCCGUACAUAUCGCCCAGCAUGCGGGAAUUGAUGGAGAAGGAGGCUUUUGAGGCCGAACAGAAGCGCCUGGCGUUGAUGGCGGAUGACUUCCGUGAGAGGGCUUUGCAGCAAAUGAUGGAUGGUGUUCUUGAGAUUCGCUGGGAGGAUGAGAUCAAGAAGAUGCCCGUCAUCCCGGCGGCUGUGCAGACAAAGAAGGAUCUGCGGGAGUACGAUGAGCAUGAUUGGAGAGCAGUGAGAGAGUAUGAGGAGAAAUUGAAUUUCCUCGAUGCUGAGCGGGAAAAAUAUCGAGAUCAGUUGCUGUGCGAGAAGCACAAGCUGCAGGAGACUCUGGAUCGGCAGAUUUACGUGUUCAACAGGAAGUUGGCAGAAGUGGCGAAGAUCAAAGUGAAGGUGCAGAUGGCAAUCAAUCAGGAAGAUCUGAAGAUUCUCCGCAAUGCCAUGUACAAUUACAAGAGGAUUCAAUUCACGAGGCAAGAGCAUGAGAUUCGCCAGGAGAUCAUCAGCAUCAAGAGGCAGAUUAAUGCCCUCACCGCCACGAUGCAUGAUGCCGAGAAGAGAGCGAUGGACUGUAAAGUGAAUUAUGACGCUCUUGAGUCGAAAGAUCGCCUCCUGGACAAGCAGUUCAAGAAUAACUUCGGCGAAUUUGCAUCCAUAUCGAUAGUAGAUCAAGCUUAUAAGCUGUUCAAGCGUCGGCCGAGGUGGACAAUGAGAGCCUGGGCGACUUCUGUGAUCCUCAUGGAUCUCGCGAGGAGAGUCAUAAGUCGGAAUGUGUCAAAAUCCGGUCCUCCACUGCCGCAGGAGUGCUUCGACUACCUGAACCUCAUCGAGCAGAUUGAUCAGCCGGCGAAUUGUCCCACCAUGGAUGAGAAACUGUGGGAUCUUCUGUGUCGAAUGCGUCGCAUUAAGAUUGAGAGUGAAUUCAAGGUGCGCAGCUGUGGCGUUCAGCUGGCUGAAGCGGACGCUUGUGUGGAUGCUUUGGCGCGGGAAAUUGGCGCACGCAGAACCACUUUGGCAGCCCUUGAUAAGAAGCUGGAGGAUCUGAAAGAGAAUCGACAAAAGAAUUCCGUCAAUCGCACCAUUCAACUUGUGAUGAAGCGUGGAAAUGUUGAAAUUCCACUGACUGGCAAAAUUUCUGACUUUGACGACGCAAUUUUACUCUCUGUGAUUGAUGUCGAUGACAUCAAUCGGGUGAUUAAGAAAUCUGGCCAGAAGAAAUUGGUGGCCAUGUCCAAUGCGGCCGUCUUCCGGCGAAAGCUCAUUCACAAGGAGUGGGAGCACAGAGUCCUCAAGAUGACCAUCAGAGACAUGAAGGACUUCGUCAGGGUGAUUGAGAAGUGCAAGAUUACAAAAGAGGUGCAAACGUGGUUGAAGCGGAAACAGAAGGGCUGGACAGAGGAUGUCAGCCAGGCGGCGCUGAAUCGUGAAAUAGAGGCGAUGAUUGCUUCCUGUGAGAAGUCAUUUGGUGACAUGAGGAAACAAGUGACAGAGAUGGAGGAGAAGAUUGAGCAGAAGAAGCGUGAGAAUGAUAAUUUGGAUAGGAAGAUUCAAGAACUGAAUUUCGAUGUUUCUCAGCAACAUGCUCAGCGUGAUUCUACGCUGGAGGAGCAGGAAAUUGAAGCACAAAAUCUCAGGCUUGAGAUUAUCGCCGAGCGAACGAGAUUAGUGCGAAAGGUUCAGCGUCAGCACACACAAAUUCUAGAGUUGAGCACAUUGCUGGAGUUGCAGCGUCUUCGAACUUAUCCGACACUCUCAAUGCCCCAAUCGUCGGCGCAUCUGAGGAAUGCACAGUGCAUUGAAACGGUGGAAGAAUGGGCCCCCAGCCUAGACGAACAGCACUUGUGGGGAGGAGGAACAGCGAAUGCCACUUCCACUGGAGAGUCACCAGCAACAGAAGCGUGA